GUAGAGCUAGCCCACUUUUAAAAAAAUUGGAGGCACUUUUUCUUUGAAAUUAAUAUUAGAUCAACAAGAAGGUUAUUGUGCGUCGACUAGCUUACAGAUAUACAAUGGAAGACUACGACAAGUUGGAGAAGAUAGGAGAGGGAACCUACGGUGUCGUGUACAAGGCCAGAAACAAGAAAACUGGGAAACUGGUGGCCCUCAAAAAGAUACGACUUGAGAGCGAAGAAGAGGGCAUCCCAAGCACCUCUGUGCGGGAGAUAUCUCUGCUCAAGGAACUGAGGCAUCCUAACAUUGUCGACCUUAUGGACAUCCUCCACCAGGAGAACAGGAUCUAUCUCGUGUUUGAGUUCAUGUCUAUGGACCUCAAAAAGUACAUGGAAACUAUACAGGGUUCGUUGCGGCCUAUGAUCGUCAAGAGCUACACGUAUCAGAUUCUCCAAGGUAUCGAUUUCUGCCAUGCUCGUCGUGUUCUACACAGAGACAUGAAACCACAGAACCUCCUCAUCGACAGCAAGGGUGCCAUCAAGUUGGCAGACUUUGGACUCGGUCGAGCGUUUGGCAUUCCCGUCAGGGCCUACACUCAUGAGGUGGUGACAUUGUGGUAUCGAGCUCCCGAGGUGUUGUUGGGCUCCACUCGUUACUCCUGCCCUGUUGACAUGUGGAGUGUGGCCUGCAUCUAUGCUGAGAUGGCAAUGAAGCGACCACUCUUCUAUGGAGACUCUGAGAUUGACCAACUCUUCAAAAUAUUCAGAGUGAUGGGUACUCCUAAUGAUGAAGUGUGGCCAGGAGUGAGAGACCUCCCUGACUACAAGCCAACCUUCCCAUCUUGGAAUGCCAAGAACCUUAGUGAUUUGGUGUCUAAUCUCACAAACGAUGGAAUCGAGCUGCUCAAGAGUAUGCUAGUGUACAACCCUGGGGAGAGGUUGACGGCCAGGAGAGCAAUGACUCAUCCAUACUUUGCAGACCUGGACAAGAGCAGUCUCCCUGCAGCCGGAGUAUAGACACUGUUGCCUAUUUACAUGUUCCACUGUAAUAAUAUAUAGUAGAGUAAAUCAUCAUUGUAUUGUGUGUGUGUGUGUGUGUCCUUCCUUAUCCUGCACUCAUUUGUACUUGUGCAAAGAUUUCUAAAGCGGUAAUUACCCGCGGCUAAACCCCGAGAA